AUGUCCCUGUGCUCCCUGUCCCUCUGCUCCCUGUCCCUGUGCUCCCUGUCCCUGUGCUCCCUGUCCCUGUGCUCCCUGUCCCUGUGCUCCUGUCCCUGUGCUCCCUGUCCCUGUGCUCCCUGUCCCUGUGCUCCCUGUCCCUGUGCUCCCUGUCCCUGUGAUCCCUGUCCCUAUGCUCCCUGUCCCUGUGAUCCCUGUCCCUGUGCUCCCUGUCCCUGUGCUCCAUGUCCCUGUGUGCUCCCUGUCCCUGUGCUCCCUGUCCCUGUGCUCCCUGUCCCUGUGCUCCCUGUCCCUGUGCUCCAUGUCCCUGUGCUCCCUGUCCCUGUGCUCCAUGUCCUUGUGCUCCCUGUCCCUGUGCUCCCUGUCCCUGUGAUCCCUGUCCCUGUGAUCCCUGUCCCUAUGCUCCCUGUCCCUGUGCUCCCUGUCCCUGUGCUCCCUGUCCCUGUGAUCCCUGUCCCUAUGCUCCCUGUCCCUGUGAUCCCUGUCCCUGUGCUCCCUGUCCCUGUGCUCCCUGUCCCUGUGCUCCCUGUCCCUGUGCUCCCUGUCCCUGUGCUCCCUGUCCCUGUGCUCCCUGUCCCUGUGCUCCCUGUCCCUGUGAUCCCUGUCCCUGUGAUCCCUGUCCCUAUGCUCCCUGUCCCUGUGAUCCCUGUCCCUGUGCUCCCUGUCCCUGUGAUCGCUGUCCCUGUGAUCCCUGUCCCUGUGCUCCCUGUCCCUGUGCUCCCUGUCCCUGUGCUCCCUGUCCCUGUGCUCCCUGUCCCUGUGAUCCCUGUCCCUGUGAUCCCUGUCCCUAUGCUCCCUGUCCCUGUGAUCCCUGUCCCUGUGCUCCCUGUCCCUGUGCUCCCUGUCCCUGUGAUCCCUGUCCCUAUGCUCCCUGUCCCUGUGAUCCAUGUCCCUGUGCUCCCUGUCCCUGUGAUCCCUGUCCCUAUGCUCCCUGUCCCUGUGAUCCCUGUCCCUGUGCUCCCUGUCCCUGUGCUCCCUGUCCCUGUGCUCCAUGACCCUGUGCUCCCUGUCCCUGUGAUCCCUGUCCCUGUGCUCCCUGUCCCUGUGCUCCCUGUCCCUGUGAUCCCUGUCCCUGUGAUCCCUGUCCCUAUGCUCCCUGUGAUCCCUGUCCCUGUGCUCCCUGUCCCUGUGCUCCCUGUCCCUGUGCUCCAUGACCCUGUGCUCCCUGUCCCUGUGAUCCCUGUCCCUGUGCUCCCUGUCCCUGUGAUCCCUGUCCCUGUGAUCCCUGUCCCUGUGAUCCCUGUCCCUGUGCUCCCUGACCCUCUGCUCUUCUGGUCUUCAGUGGUGACAUGUGAUAAAGUUGGAGAUCACGUUUACAUUUGGGGCAGGACACCGAAAUACCAGGUGGACCUGAACAAGCCCGUCACCUACAAGUGCCACACGGACUAUGAAGAGACCAGCAAGGAGGCCACAUGCACCAGGAACGGAUUGACCCCACAACCUCUGUGCACAGAAAGAGGAUGCUCCAAACCUGACUUUAAAAACACAGACAUCACUGAUCGACCUCAGUACGAUAAAUAUCGGCACAACGCGAGACUGAACCUGAAAUGCCGCUACGACGAGAGGGUUCGCUUCCCCGUCACCUGUCACUACGGCAACUGGAAGGGCUUGACUGCAUGUAAAGAGAAACCCUGUGCCGCGGCGCCGGAACUCAGCAACGGAGAGAUGGAGGAGGCGUCGCAGGCGCUGUACGAGCACGGUGCCUAUGUGUGGUUCCGCUGUACCGGGGGACAGGACCGCUUCAAAGUCACCUGUCAGUCUGGGACCUGGAUCAACAGCCGCACAUGUGAAGAUGUACCUUGCACAUCAGCCCCGGUCAUUGCAAACGCACAGAUGUUGAGUGUCGGGAACCCGCCGUUCGCUAACGGCCACAAACUGAACCUGCGCUGCACGACCGGAGCCACAGACUUCACCAUGAGCUGUCAGUCAGGGAAGUGGAGACCAGAACACACCUGCCCAGAACCCAGCACCUGCGGAGACGCCCAGAUCCACAACGGAUUCUCAUUGGAGCGUCAGAAGAACCUGUUCUACACCUGCUCCUCGGGCUUCAAGCUGCUGUCCCAGGCCUGGUGGGGCGUGGCCAGGUGUGAGGGCGGCCGCUGGACCACCCAGGACUGUGUUGAGGCCACAGACUGUGGCCCCGCCCCCUCCAUCCCUCACCUGAACGUCACGUACACUCGUCAAAGCUUCAGUCACGGAGAGAGCGUCCCGCUGCAGUGUGAGAGCGGAUACACCUCUCAGCUCCCACACCAGGAACUCACCUGCAACCAGGGGACAUGGACACCAGCAGGGGUGGACUAUGAACACAUCUGUACACCCGAGUUGAGGCUGUGCAGAGUUCCGCCGAGGAGAGAGAACGCACUGGUCCUGGCACCAGUGAAGGAGCAGUACUCCUCUGGUACCGUGCUCACAUACCAGUGCAGAGACGGAUUCACCAUGGAGGGAAACCCGGACUAUCGCUGCUACAACGGCACCUGGGACCAGCACGACAUCUUCUGUGUCGCUUCCAGAGAUGUUCUUUGA